AUGGGUGGAAAGGUUAAGAUCUGGAAUCCCGUUGAAAUCGCUGAACAAGCCAAAAAUGAUUACGCCUCCCAGAUUUUUCCCUCUCUUCUUACCAUUGAUCCCUCUCUCUCCCUUCCUCAAAUGACACCUCUCGUCAUUAAUUUGUGCAAGGAUAUGUUCAAGGAUUGGUCAAAUUUAGAUGAUUCUUGCUUUAUUAUUGACAAGAUUUCUGGAGGCAUAACUAAUUUGUUACUCAAGGUUUCAGUUCAACAAGGGGAUUCUGUAAAUGCUAUUAUAACAAUCAGAUUGUAUGGACCCAACACUGAGCAUAUUAUUGAUCGCCAUCGAGAAUUGCAGGCCAUCAAAUACAUCACUGCUGAAGGAUUUGGGGCGGAGUGGCUUGGAAUAUUUGGAAAUGGCAUUGUGCAAUCUUUUAUUAAUGCACAUACUCUUACACCAUCAGAUAUGCGAGACCCAAAACUGGUUCCUAAAAUAGCCAAACAACUUAAAAGAUUUCACCAUGUGGAAAUUCCAGGUUCUAAGGAACCUCAGUUAUGGCAUGACAUCUGGAAGUUUUUUGAGAAAGCAUCUGUUCUAGAAUUUGAUGAUAGUGAAAAGCAAAAGACUUACAAGACAGUUUCGUUCAGGGAAGUUCAAGAUGAAAUUAAUGAGCUCCAGGUGUUGUGUGAUCGUCUCAAAUCUCCUGUAGUUUUUUCUCACAAUGACUUGCUCUCUGGAAACAUAAUGGUUAAUCAAGAAGAAGAUAAACUUUACUUGAUUGAUUAUGAAUAUGCAUCAUACAACUACAGAGGCUAUGACAUAGGGAAUCACUUUGCAGAGUAUGCUGGUUUUGAAUGUGACUACUCCUUGUACCCAAAUAUGAAUGAACAAUAUCAUUUCUUCAGGCAUUACUUACAGCCGGACAGACCUCAAGAGGUGUCUGAGAAUGAUCUUAAAACUUUGUAUGUUGAGACAAAUACAUAUGCACUGGCCUCACACCUUUUCUGGUCAUUGUGGGGGUUAAUUCAGGCAAAGAUGUCCCCAAUAGAUUUUGAUUAUCUUAGUUAUUUUUUCGACCGAUACAAGGAGUACAAAAGGCAGAAAGAAAAGUUUGUUUUGUUGGCGCUAUCCUACCUCUCAGAAUGUAGGAAUUAG